AUGGUUGACGUUCCAGCUGACGAUUCCCAGUUGUUUGAACGGCGUAUGAAGGAUCGAUACAAAAAUUACGAACAAUUCUUUGCGGAUUUCCGAAAAUAUCAAUUUGCAACAUGCAGCUCCUACUACGGAUACAAUUCUCGGAAGCAGUUGACACCUGAGCAAGAAACUCAGGUGUAUGACAUAAUGCAAACCUUUAUGCAAACCAGAGAACUUCGGGAAUUGGCUUCUAGGAAGUUUGGUAGACAUCAAGCAGCCAUGAUGUUUAGUCCAUUCGCAUGCGCUGGUCUCGAACAGAUCAACGGACCGACGUAA